AUGACAUCUCCGCCUCCCAUCACACAGCAUGACACAGCGGAGCCCAGCAAGUUCGGGGCUGAGUGCAGGGACGAAUCUCUGCAACGACACGACGUAGAAACAGCGGAGCCCUCCAUCAGUGUGAGAUCCGAAAGCCCGGGCCUCGGCGAUAAUUCCAAUGUCCCGAGACUGUCCCUGCUCAAGCUGUUCUGGUUCUUUUUCUACAACUUUGGGCUGUUCGCAUGGGGCGGCCCCGUGGCUCAGAUCGCCCUCAUCAAGGACAAGCUCGUGGUGCAGGACAAAUGGAUCACUCUUGCGCGAUUUCAGCGCGUCUUCGCCGUGUACCAAGUCCUUCCUGGGCCUGAGGCUGCGGAGCUGUGCAUGUUCUUUGGCUGCCUGUCGGCGGGCAGGAUCGGUGGAAUACUCGCGGGCAUCGCGUUCAUUUUGCCCGGUUUCGCUUUGAUGCUGCUGGCCAGCUACCUGUACACCUUGGCUGGGUUUGAGAACAUAUAUUUCAACGCCUCAUUCCGCGCACUGCAGCCAGUGGUUGCGGCCAUGGUGCUGCGCGCAACGCACAAGAUAGCCGAGCAUUCCGUGCGGAAGCAUGACACAGCCAAGGUUGACCCAUUUCUGGUACUGUUUGCCAUCUGCACCGCUAUCAACGGCGCGCUCCGCAUAAAUAUCUUCAUUUCCCUCGGUCUGUAUGGCAUCAUCUACGCCUUCAUUGCCCGUCGUCUCUGGAUCCCCGCCGGCGUCCUUUUCAUCUUGCAAUACGUCGGCUACGCGCUCUAUGUCGUGUUCCAUGGAGUGCCAUUGCCAGUAUCGCUGGCUCUCGGCAUAGCCAAAACGCCUUCGCUUAUCAACCUCUUCGUCCUUGGCCUAGUCGCAGGCUCGCUCUCCUUUGGCGGCGCAUACACCGCUAUCCCGUUCGUGCAAGUGGAGGCGGUGCUCAUGGGGGGCUGGCUCCCGCAGAGCGUGUUCAUUGAUGGAAUCGCGAUCGGAAACAUCCUCCCCGCGCCGCUCGUCAUAUUCGCGACAUUCGUGGGGUUCCAGGGUGCGUACGGCCAGGACGGCUCGCUUGGCAAUGCAUUUGCCGGCGCGGUCAUCAUCACCCUGGGCAUGUUCUUCCCUUGCUUUGUGUUUACCAUAGCUGGUCACGAAGUGCUGGAGAAGCUUGUCCACAAUAAGUUCCUCUCCUCAUUCUUUGAUGGGCUGUGCGGCUCUGUAAUCGGCGUGAUCGCAAUCAUCGCAGUCCAGAUUCUCAAAGCAGGUGUCGAGGGACCUGUAGACAAGCUGCGCAGCAAGCCCCUGGAUGAAGUGAUCAGUGGCGUUGUGCAGGUCGGUCCUGCGGCGGUCCUGUUCAUGUUAGCGCUUGGGGCUCUGUACAAGUUUACCAACAAGUACACUGCGCUGGUGAUGGUUGUCAUUGCGGCAGUCGCGGGGCAGUUCCUGUUUGUCGAUUAG